AUGGGUGACUACGUCAAAGUCUUCCAGGAUGAAAUGAAGACACUAGAUCAAAAAUUUGCCAGCAACAGUGUCUUGCAGCAGUUUGAGGCUAAAACUAAACUGCCCAAGUCGUAUGGGGUUGUGGGUGCUGCUUCCGCAUAUCUGCUUCUCAUCUUCAUCAACGUCGGCGGCAUUGGUGAGAUUUUGUCCAACUUUGUCGGCUUUGUUAUCCCAACUUACUAUUCGCUCUUGGCACUCAAGACCGCGACUUCCACCGACGAUUCCGAACUUCUCACGUACUGGGUCGUUUUUGCGUUUUUGAACGUAAUCGAGUUCUGGUCCAAGGCCAUCCUUUACUGGAUUCCCUUCUACUGGUUCCUCAAGACUCUCUUGUUGGUGUACUUAGCAUUGCCACAAACUAACGGUGCCAAAUACGUCUACAACACUAUUUUGGAUCCUGUCACCAGCAGGUACUUAAAGACCCCUCAGUCUAAGACCGGCGACAUCGGGUCUAAGAUGGAAAAUUUGGCUUCUCAAGGUAAAACUAGUGGUUAUGCUGCUCACCAAAACUGA